AUUGCGAUGAUAGCAUUGAUAUUUGUUUGAUCAUUCAAUUGAAAUCAGAAAGCGGAAACAAUAAAUUUAAGAAUAUUAUGUUCGAUGACGAGCGUUUGGUGCAACUAGUACAGAGCCAUGAAGUCGUUUAUAAUAAAUUUUCCUCGGGCUACCGGCUGCCACUAAAAUGGCAAUCGGCAUGGGAGGCUAUAGCCAACGAUUUAGGAGCCACAGAGGAAGAAUGCACUAAACGUUGGAAAACACUGCGCGAGCGAUACACAAGAGAAUGCAAGGCGUUGGAUGCACCGUCCGGAAGCGCUGCAAAAAGCUCAACAGCUUGGUCAUUGUUUGAUCAACUAAAUUUUCUUAAACCUUACGUGAAACCACGAAAUAAUCGAUGCACAUUCAACGUGUUGGAGGAACCGUUUCGCUAGUCUCACCUU